UUUUUUUUUUUUUUUUUUUUCCCUCUCAUUUCCAUUGCAGAUGGCAAUGCACCUGUACUCGUUGACGCUGCAGCGCGCCUCUGCCAUCACCUGCGCGGUGCACGGCAACUUUAGCGGGACCAAGCAGCAGGAGAUUGCUGUCGGCCGCGGCAGUGUGCUCGAGCUCCUCGCGCUGGACCAGGCGUCGGCCAAGGUCAAGACGAUCGCCAGCAUCAACAUCUUUGGCGUUGUGCGCUGCCUGACUGCCUUCCGCCUCACCGGCGCCUCCAAAGAUUACCUCGUCGUCGGCUCAGACUCUGGCCGCGUCGCCAUCCUCGAGUACAACCCGACAAAGUACGAAUUCGAACGCGUCCACUUGGAGACAUAUGGCAAGAGUGGAUCGCGCCGCAUCGUGCCUGGUCAGUACCUCGCAGCAGACGCCAAGGGUCGCGCCAUUAUGAUUUCUGCCGUGGAGAAGCAAAAGCUCGUCUAUGUCAUGAACCGCGACUCGACCGCCCGCCUGACCAUCACAUCGCCGUUGGACGCACACAAGGCGCACGCGGUUGUGUUUGCCACGGUUGGCUUGGACGUCGGCUUUGAGGCGCCGACGUUCGCCUGCGUGGAACUCGACUAUGAGGAAGCCGACAACGACCCCUCUGGAGAGGCCGUCGAAGCCACACAGCAGCACCUCGUCUUUUACGAGCUGGAUCUGGGCCUCAACCACGUGGUUCGCAAGAGCAGCGAGCCUCUGCCUGGGUGGGCCAACAUGCUCAUCCAAGUUCCCGGUGCGGACGAUGGUCCCGGCGGUGUUGUUGUCUGCUGCGAAGGCUUUUUGGUGUACAAGUCGCCCGAAGACCCGGCCAUUGACGUGCGAUGUCCCUUCCCCGGCCGUCGUCACGACAUUAGCGACCCGAGCAAGCGCGGCGCUGGUCGCGGCAUCGUGGUCGCCCACGCGUCGCACAAGACCAAGACCAAGUUUUUCUUUGUCGUCCAGUUGGACAAUGGCGACAUGUUCAAGGUCACCCUUGACGUUGCCGACGACAAUGUUGUGAGCAUUCGCAUGAAGCUCUUUGACACACUUCCAGUCGCAACGUCCUUGCACAUUUUGCGCAGCGGACACUUGUUUGUCGCCGCCGAGCUCGGUGACCACCACCUGUAUCAAAUCACCCAGCUUGCCGAGAACGACGACGAGCCCGAGUUUACCACGCGCGGACUGGUCAUGAACGGCCGCGUCGUGCCCUCGUCGGUGGCCCAUGGCGGGGUCGAACUGAGCGCCUUUGUGUACACGCCGCGCCCGUUGCUCAACCUCGUCUUGUUGGACGUGAUGGAAUCGACGGCACCGACCAUGCAAUGCCGCGUCGAGGACUUGCUAGGCGAGGAUGCACCUCAAUUCUAUCUCUUGUGCGGCCGCGGGCCAAACUCGACACUGCGCAUUCUUCGACACGGUUUGGAAGUGAGUCAGCUCGCCGCUACCGAGUUGACGGCCAGUCCGGUCGCCAUCUGGUCCGUCAAGCGAUCCAUUCACGACAUCCACGACACGUACUUUAUCGUGUCCUGGGCGAGUGCCACCGUCGUGCUCAGCGUCGGCGAUCAGGUCGCACCCGUGUCGGACAGCGGCCUGCUUCUCACGGUGGGCACCAUUGCAGUCUCGCGCAUCGGUGAGGACGACCUGCUGCAGGUUUACACGGACGGCAUCCGACACAUUCGUGCAGACAGCCGCGUCAACGAGUGGCGCACGCCUGGACGUCGCCAAAUCGUCCGAGCGGCCAUCAACGACCGUCAAGUCGUGAUUGCCCUUGCGGGUGGCGAGCUCGUCUACUUUGAGCUGGACAUUACUGGCCAGCUGAACGAGUUUGCCGAGCGCUUCACCUCCUCGGCCGAAGUCUGCGCUCUGGCCAUUGCGCCAGUGCCAGCCGAUCGCCGCCGUGCGCGGUUUUUGGCGGUGGCUGCGGAAGACAACACGGUGCGCAUCGUUUCGCUCGAGCUGUCCGACACACUGCAGAGUCUCGGUGUGCAGACUGUGGCAGAUCGCGCUUCCUCGCUCUGCUUUGCCGAUCCCUCGCUCGACAACAGCUCGGCAGACUUGGUGCUUGGAGUCGGCUUGCAGAACGGCAUUCUAUUGCGAACAUCGGUCGAACCAUCCUCGGGCAACCUGACGGACACGCGCACUCGCUAUCUUGGCACGCGGCCCGUGAUGCUCUUCCCCAGCAAGGUGCAUGGCGCGGCAGGCUUUUUGGCGCUCUCGUCCCGCCCGUGGAUUUUCUACGUGCAGCAAGGCACGCCGACCUUGACCCCUCUCUCGUACGACGCGCUGGACUGCGCCGCCACCUUCUCCGCUGCCAACUGCCCCAACGGCCUGGUGGCCAUUGCUGGCAACACCCUGCGUGUUUUGAAUUUGCCACGCCUUGGCAGCGUCUUCAACCAGACAUCCAUGCCGCUCAAGUACACUCCUCGACGCUUUAUUGUGGACAGCGAGCACCGGCUUCUCGUCAUUGCCGAGAGCGAUCACAACACGUUCGCUGCUGGGCGAAAGGCUGUCGAGCAAGCGCGAGUCGCCGCGGAAACCAACACCACCCAGGCGGCCAUUGCCGAAUCCUUGCCCGACGCUGUCUUUGGUGCUCCAGCUGCCGGCGCGGCUCGCUGGGGAUCGUGUCUUCGCAUUGUGGACGCCCAGCUGCGCGAGACGCUCGAGUUGAUCGAGCUGGACGAGGACGAGGGUGUUUUCAGCAUGACCUCCUGUUCGUUCCACGGCCACGAAGGCCAAACGUUUUUCAUUGUCGGCACCACCAAGGCGUUGAAUCUCCAAACACGCGCCCACCAAGGCGGCUGUCUUUACACCUAUCGCUUCAAUCCUCAGACCCGCCGGCUGGACUUUGUGCACCGGACGGAGGUCGAGGACGUCCCCGGAGCCAUGUAUCCGUUCCAAGGACGGUUGCUUGUUGGCGUUGGGUCUCUAUUGCGAGUAUACGAUCUCGGCAAACGGAAAUUGCUGCGCAAGUGUGAAAACCGGUCGAUUCCAAACUUUGUUUCGAGCAUUACUACAUCUGGAGGCCGUAUUGUUGUGACUGACGUCCAAGAAUCCUUCCACUUCCUUCGGUACCGACCAAGCGACAACAUGCUGGCCGUGUUUGCCGACGACAGCAAUCCACGCUGGGUCACAAGCAGCACCAUGGUCGACUACGACACUGUUGCCGCAGGCGACAAGUUUGGCAACGUGUUUGUGCUUCGUCUGCCCCAAGAUUUACAAGACGAUCUGGAAGAUGAUCCAACGGGAGGCCGAUUGUUGGGAAGCAGCAAAAACACGUUGAACGGAGCUGCCCAAAAGGCGGAUACGAUCAUCAACUUCCAUGUUGGUGAUACCGUCACCACCAUGCAAAAGACCGCACUGAUUCCCAGCGGUUCAGAAUGCCUUGUGUACACCACGACUUUGGGCGCGAUCGGCGUCCUCAUUCCGUUCACCACACAAUCGGAUAUUGACUUUUUCAAGCAUUUGGAAAUGCACAUGCGUCAAGAAAAUCCACCCAUUUGCGGGCGCGACCAUUUGGCGUUCCGAUCGCACUAUUUCCCCAGCAAGAAUGUUAUCGACGGCGAUCUCUGCGAGCAAUUCAACUCUCUCGACCCGCACAAGAAGCGUCUUAUCGCCGGCGAUUUGGCCGACCGCACUCCAAGUGAAGUCUCCAAGAAACUGGAAGAUUUGCGCACUCGCAGUGCCUUCUAAUCAGAUGGAGAUGGGCAUUGUUUCAAACUUGCUGUUGCCAUCAGUAAACACAAUCGUUUUUGUU